GGUCGCAGCGUGGCGGCGGCGGCGGCGGUGAUGGUCGUAGUUGGGGCCCCGCAACCUCAAAAUCCCCGCGGCGCAAAGCAGAAUCCACUGGAGCGACUAAUUGCGACGGCAUCGAGCUGCGAAGCUGCCGAGGUCGCUCUCCACGCUGGGCCUUCAGUGGCUUGCACGCGCCGCUUAGUCCUGACGCUGGAAGCCGUGAUGGCGCUGGUGGGGUUGUCUUCCAGCAGCGAAGACGGGGGAUGCGUCACGGACGCGCUGGAGGUGUUGUCGUGGCUGCGGCCCCGUUCACCGCCGGCUCCGCUUUUCCACCAAGUGCUCGUCAUGGCACCGGGCACCCGCGGUACGUCGCCGUGGCCGGCGCUGACGCGUGCGCGGAGGGACGGCGUGGAUGAGGCCUGCGCUCUCGCCCGCGUUCUCGCUGACGCAGUACCGAACCCGGCGCAGGCCGGCCGGGUCGCCGUAUUUUUCUGGGACGACGAUGCUGAUGGAGACGCCGCGGGGCAGUGCACAGAGACGACAGCGCGCCACGCCCUCCUGCUGCGCCACGGCGUGAAGACUUUGUCGCGGCGACGGGCGCAGGUGCAGCGCGCCAAGGCGGACGUUAUGCAAAUUCUACGAGCCCCCGCUACAGUCGUGUAG